AUUGUUAUUUGUUUGAAGUUAACUUCCAAACGUUAUCAAUCAAUCAACAAAUUUGUGUUUUGUUUUGUUUUGUUCAGUUUCCAUAAUCAUUCUUAUACUUUCACUAUUCCAAGCUCAUCUCAUACUCGAUCUCAGAUUGUCCCUCUAUCCUUCUUGAAGUCACCAUGCCCAAGGACAACCCUCCAUCCAGAAUCAAAUCAAAUCGACUGUCAUCUAUCAUUCAACAUCUAGAAAAACCUACAUCCAUCCUAACCCGGGAUUUGUCCUCGAAAGCGGUUCUUCCAAAGCCAAAAUAUAAGUCACCAUCUACAAUCAAGUCACGUCUUAUCCGAUCAGUCAAGAAGCAUCUUGAGCGUCCUAAGCCACCCAAGCCUAAUUCUCGAGCUGCAAAAAAAGCGGAACUCACGAAGCAAUAUGGCCUACCGGAAAACUCGAAAUUUCUCUUCUUGAAGAAAGGUCGUAAAUUUGGUCUUCCUCGUCUCAGUCUGACUCAUGGAACUGUGGUUUGUCUCGAUGCGGAUACCUCCGAACUAUUACUAGUUGUUCGAUUUGUAGAGCCUCAGGAAGGCAUGACGGAGGACUUGUUCAAAUCUUAUGAUCAGGCUAUCAGUACCAUCUAUCAGCACGCUAAAGCCAGGAAUGAAGUUUUAGGUAAUGGUGCUACUUAUCGAGGAAGGAGACAAGGUCGCAAGUUCGGGCGAAUGUAUGCUGCAGGAUUCCGUCCUGGGUAUGAUCCUAUUGUCAAAUGUGGACAUUAUACCUGGAAUGAAGAAAUCGCAAAUGAUCUUUACAAAAUGGAAGCUGAC